AUGAUCGGUCUAUUGACGGCAGUGAUCGGCGAUUUAGCGUCACAUUUCGGGUGUACAGUAGGAUUGAAGGAUGCAGUGACAGCAAUCUCCCUUGUAGCAAUGGGAACCAGUGUACCUGACACAUUCGCGUCAAAAACGGCGGCUAUUCAGGAUGCCUGGGCUGACAGCUCUAUCGGUAAUGUAACGGGUUCGAACGCUGUCAACGUGUUCCUGGGUAUUGGAAUUGCAUGGGCGAUAGCUGCCUGUGUCCACGCAUGGAAUGGCACCACAUUCAAGGUCCAUGCCGGUUCGUUAGCCUUUUCGGUGACGAUGUUCAUUAUUGGCUCCUUUGUCUGCAUCGCCGUCUUACAAUAUCGGAGGUUCAAUAAAUCAAUCUCAGGUGAACUGGGUGGUCCUGUACGGAUGAAGUAUCUCAGUUCAGUGAUAUUCAUACUCGUUUGGUUCGCAUAUCUUACUCUAAGCACACUUGAAGCUUACUGCAUAAUUCCUGGAUUUUAA